UCAAACUUAUAGUUGUUGUAUUACGGCAAAAAAAUUCACGUUGUAAUUAAUGGAGAAGCUCAUCUCGAACAACAAUCAAGUUCAGAUCAGGUCGUUGCCGGAGAAGUAUAUUUUCCCACCAGAAAAACGACCGGGGAAGCUCCCUGUUUCUGCAUGCAAGUUCCUGCCCGUAAUAGAUCUCGAUGAAACAGCGGGUGACAAUAGAGCUGUUAUUUCACAGAAGAUUUUGAAGGCAAGCCAAGAGUUUGGAUUUUUUCAGGUGGUCAAUCAUGGAGUUCCUGAAGAUCUGAUGAAAGACACUAUGAGAAUGUUUAAGGAAUUCUUUGAGCUGCCUGCGGAGGACAAGGCAAUAUUCUACACCGAGGACGCAAGAUCAAAAAAGCACUGUAAACUGUACCCGAGUAGCUUAAUUUACGCCACUGAAGAUAUUCACUUAUGGCGUGACAAUUUAAAACACGACUGCCAUCCUCUAGAGAAAUGCAUUCUUGACUGGCCCGUAAAGCCAGCCAGAUACCGACAGGUCGUUGGGAGUUAUGCAGCUGAAGUGACGAAGUUGGCACCAAGAAUAUUGGAGCUGAUUUGUCAAGGACUAGGAUUAGAGUCCGGGUAUUUUGAGGGUAAGCUAAGUGAAGUCACGUCACUGUCAGUUAAUCAUUACCCGCCAUGCCCAGAUCCAAGUUUAGCCCUGGGAUUAUCUAAACACUGUGAUCCAAAUCUCAUAACCAUUUUACUCCAAGAUGAUGUUUGUGGGCUUCAAAUCUUCAAGGAUAAUGAAUGGAUUGCUGUUGAUCCUGUUCCUAGUGCAUUCGUGGUUAACAUAGGCUACCAGUUGCAGAUUAUGAGCAACAACAAGCUGAAAAGUGUUGAGCAUCGAGCUGUGACAAAUUCAAGGACUGCUCGGACAAGUGCUGCCUUCUUUUUUAAUCCUAGUGAUGACAUCAUGAUAGAGCCUGCGAAAGCUCUUAUCAACGCAAGCAAUCCUCCAGUCUUUAGAGCCUGUCAGUACAUAGAAUUUCUUCGCAACUACAUGACCAGGAAUGGCAGCGAUGAUGAUGCAUUGGAGCAUCUGAAGCUUCGAGCUUGACCAGUUGUUGGUGCAAGA